UUGCCAUUAUUUGUUACUGUAGCCCCAGACUGCAGUACGUGUCCCAGUAUCAACCAUGGCCAUGCUGAGAGUGUCGUCCUACCGCCGGCAGUUUGAGGAGCAGAGGAGUCGGAAUGGACGGUCCAGCGGUGGCUGUGGAGGGCAGUACCGCUCCUCAGCGGUCAAGGCCAGGGGUGCGGCUGCUGAGGAGUGUACGUGUGACCAGCUGGACUUUGUGGCUGCCAAGACGCUCAAUAAGGAGAGUCUGGUCCGAUUCGCUAAAGACCGCAGCAUCAUUGCCGCCCUAAAUGAUCGCUUUGUCGCCCUCAUCAACAUGGCACGCUGCUUUGAGGAGGACAAUGAGUCUCUGGAGGCCCAGAUCUGUGAGCUGGAGGAGAGGAUGACCGGCCAACAGACCACCUCCACUGCCGUAGCUGUCCCUGAAUACAGCCUGGACGCCGUGGUGGAGAGACUGCGCAAGGAGAGGGACCAGAGCCUGUUUGAUGUGGAGGAGCUGAGGAGAGAGCUGGAGUGUCUGCAGGAGCAGUAUGAGGAGACCGUUCAGCAGAGGACCCUCAUCCAACUGGAGCAGGAAGACGUUGGCCUGGAAGUGGAUGUAGUGACCGCAGACUGUCUGGCCCUGAGGGAGCAGGUGAAAAUCUAUGAGGAACAACUGGCUCGCAUGGAGGCACAGCAUGAGACGACGGUUCAGAACAUGGUGGCCCCUGUAGAUGGUCCAGCUGCAGCAGGGAGAGGAGUCCUGGAGUUCUGCAACCCUGACAUCAAGUCAGCCAUCAUAUAUAUCAAGGAGAACUACAGCCAGCUGGGUGAGACCAUCCAGUGUGAGUGCAGGGAAACUGGUGUGGUUGUUGCUGGUGCUGUUGUCGCCAUUGGUGCUGGAAAGGAGCUGACGGUGGCCAGACCUGCGGGGGUCACAGGCGUUGGCCAAAUAACGGGCGUCAGCGAACUGAAGAAACUGAUUGCAGAGCUUGAAAAGGAGCUUGCAGAGCUGGAGAAGUGUGGUGAGGAGCUGGAAGAUGAGAUUGAGAUGAAGAGAGAAGCGUAUGUGGAGGAGAUCUUUGAGCUGGAGUGUCGUAUUGAGGAGAUGCGGGAGCAGCAGCAUGACAUGCAGGUCCAGAUGAGGGAACAAUGUGAUGACUACGAGGAGCUGCUGGGUCAGAAGAUGGCCCGGGAAAUCGAGAUCGCUGCCUACAGAGGUUUGGUGGAAGAGGAGGAUGAGAGGCUUUGCUACCUGUGAGAGGAACCGAUGCAGACCAGACCAACCAACCUGCUUUUGGCGAUGGAUAUCCUCCCAUACACAUUUCAUGCGUUGCCAAAACACAACAGACCAAAGUCAGCCAGAUCACAUGAAGCUAACCGCCACACAACCAUUUGAGCAGAUGUAAAAGUAUCAUGACAGAUUAACGAGGUCUGGAGGGCGUGCCAGGGCCAUUGAUAACAGGUCACUGGCAGGUGACCCCUGUCCUAUAAGAAAGAUGGAAUUGUCUAACAUUGGGGUGGAGGGGGAUGGGACUGGAUAGAGUGUGUGUAUUCAAUGUCUGUGAAAUGUCCCUAAGUGGUCUCUAUCUGUUGUGGCUACAGUCUCUGGAGCUAACUCACUGAUAUGACACACACACACACACACACACACACACACACACACACACACACAC